UCUAUUUCCACUGAAACUCAAUUGGAAGUGAAGUGCCGUGAAACUGACCAAGUGGGAUCUUUAGCUAGGCUUUUAACAAGGAUUUUAAAAAAAGGGAGAUUUGGAUUUUGAUCGUUACUUCUUGACAGGCGGUGUAGCAGCUCGGGGGAUUUGUGAGGUUUGGGGGUCCAGCUACUUUUACUUGUCUUUGGUGGCAAGUCUGUAACUUUUGUGUUUGACAAGGAGCCGGGGGUUUGCUCUGGGUUACAAAGUAUCGAGCUCCGAUGUAACAAUGUUGUCGAACGUUGCGACAGCCAGGGAUCCGCAACAAGGUAACCAGAUCCCAGAGCCGCCGCCUCCGGCUCCCCUUUACCCUCCUCCCCCGGCUCCGUUCCAGCUACAGAGAACCGGCGCUCAGACCAAGAAAAACGCCAUCACCGACGACUACAAGGUCACGGCGCAGGUUCUGGGACUGGGCAUCAAUGGCAAAGUUUUGGAAUGUUUCAGCAAGAAAGCCCAGGAGAAAUUUGCUCUGAAGGGUUUCAGUUCUUUCGAGACUUGGAUCCCCACUGGAAAACUGCAGUCCGUUUUGGACACUCUGUGCCCCAGGAAAGGUAGACACUUAAUGCUCAUAAUCUGUUGAUUUUUUUUCUCUACCUAUGGAUCUGCAUACUAGAAAGGCUAGCCCAGACCCAAUGUCUUUUUUCCUGAUUGUAAACCGAUUGUGGUCCUCAUGGUACAUAGGAGAGGUACACAUGGGCCAUAUCCAUGUCUUUUUUUUGCUCUCCACAGGAUGUUCAUACCCCUAUUACUUGGGGAUAAUGAGGACUAAGAGUAUAAACCUUGAAACCUGUAUUGUAUCAAUUUGCAAUAUUAAUGUAACUCCUUAAAGAGUCUGCUUAAGCUUGGCCUAUAUUCCCUUCAACUUGAGAGGUUGGGAAGUGAUGAAAUUGAGGUGAAUGAGAUAUUUUGAGUAUUACUGAAAAAGACACAUGUUGAUGGAAUCAUUUUGUCCUCAUCAGGGCAAUUUGCAAGAAAUACCAGUGUAAACGAAAAGCACAUUUAUAUUGAAUGAGGAAGAGAGUACUGAUUUGUUGGCAGAAGAAUUCUGAUUGGCAGCGGUAUUGUCAUUAGAUAAUUCAUCAGUUAGAUGAUGCAUGACAGUUAACUACCAAACUUUGUUUUAAUUUUUAAACCAGGCAAGUUGACUCUGUUUAGUCAAAGCAUUGCGCUGAGAAAUAAACUCAGCAAAUGUCUUGGCAGUUUGAGUUGAAAAUGGUGCAGGUUGUAUACAUAUCUGCAAAGUAUUGAUUUGUAUCUUUGUGUGUGCAAGGACACAACACUGUGAGCCGGAAUGAUAACCAUAAAUUGGUUGCCAGCUUUAUUCUUUGCACACUCAGGGUUAUUGAGCAAAUUUCAUUCCAUCGCAGAAUAACAUCUAAUAUUGGAUUUUCUCUUGAGGUUUGCAAGCAAGGGCAAUUUGGUUACAGUCAGUAUCUUGCGUAUUGUAAACAGUCAAAGGGAUAUGCUGUUGAUACUGUCUGGUCUUUGGAAUAUAUGGCAUGCAUAAUUAGACUCGCACUGCAUUGGAAUCAUGUACCUGAUUACUCACUUGUGAGAUAGGCAGAAUAUCUUUUUGCCUUGAUGGCAGCAUCCUAAUAAUGGAAAACGCUGCUUCUGUUGCUGCUAUAUAAUUGACUGGGGAGGCAUUACUCCACAGAAUGGUUUUGUUGUACCCUACUUCAGCAUCAAGAUUUUCAUGGUGAACAAACGGUUCUGAUCCUCUUUACGAUGUUGCUGGUCAGGCCAAUCUAAUAGUGUAUGGUACUGUGCAAAUCCCAAUGCAUAUAUUUACGAUGGUUAGAGAUAGGCUUGCAAUACGUGGUUGAGAACCACCUGGACAACUUCUCAACUAAGACAUCAAGGAAAGAGAGCUCAUUUGUCCAUUUCAGAAAUGAAUUUGGGAUUGGAAUAGACCCUAUUAAGAGGUAAGGAAAUUCUUGCAUGCAGCUGCAGAUUUAAUUAUAGCAAACAUGUCAACUGCAAAUUGGAAAUAUGCAAAGGAUGAGAGGUUAGGUGUCCUAAAUGUGCAAAGAAUUAAGCUGUCAAGUAUUUUAAGAUUGUCAGCCAGCUGGAAGCAUCUUGUGCAUGUUGGAAGCUGCAUAUAUUAAUAUACAAGGUCCUGUUCUUUGUGGACAGAUAGAACAUAUAUACAGGCACUGUGCCUGUUUCAAGUCAACAACAUAGGUGGCAACCAUUCAAUGCUUCAAUUUGUGGGUAAUGCCUUGAUCAAUUGGAGUCAACAUGCUUGGUUCAAUACUUUAAAGUUCGGUUGUUUGCUGUGAGUCGUCAUCUCAUUGGCGCAUUCUGUAUAGCAAUGCUUUUACCCAUCUGAGUCCCCUUGUCCACCAAUCAGCACUUUCAUACUUGAUGACAGCAAUGUUUUUUCUUUACAUUUGUUAUUUGUUGUAAAGUAUUCUGAUGAGUUCAAGACUAGAAGCUUUGGAAAAAGUGUCAACAGUAUUCAAGUUCAGUACCACUAAAUGACUGGAUUUGAUAUGGUAGAUAGAGGGGAACUAUUUCGGAAGGAAUUUAGAGCAAGGGGGAACAAAUUUUAAAAUUCAAAUUCAGCCAUUCAGGUGUGAAAUUACAAAUCACUCUUUCUUGCGAAGGUAGUGAACAUCUGGAAUUCUCUCUACUAAGAGUAGAUGCUGGAUCAAGUGAAAUUUUCAAAAUUGUUGUUAAUUUGUUGGUUAUUGGUAUCAAGAGAGAUGAAGAAAUGGUGAGUGGAGGUGCAGAUCAGUUGUGAUCUAAUUGAAUGGUUAAACAGGCUUGAAGAACCUGCUCUAGCACUUUUCAAUCUGUCAAAUGUCGGGCCGUUCUGGGUAAAGCCAUGAGCCAUGAUGUCUUUUUAGAAAGGCUGGAAUUCUUGCUGAAAGUGUGCUUUCUUGGAUGGGCUGUCACCAAAGACCAAAUGUUUCCAAACUCUCUUCAUUCCGUUUUUUGUAGAUGAAAUAACCACUUUCUUUUUUUCUCUCCUUUUUCUCUGUCGCUGAUCCCUCUACUUCAGUACUGAUUCUGAUCAACACCCUUCCUUACCACAGCACUUCAGAACACCAGUGCACCAAGUUAUCCCUGAAGUCUAAAGUAUUAUCUUGGAAAUGGAGCAACUUUUAAGGGUUCAGUGUUAUGGGUUGGAUGUCCAGAGAGAAGACUAGAAAAGAUGUUACUUUACCUAAUACCUUAUACAAGAUAAUUGACCCAUUUGUACUGGACAUCUCCAGUUGGAUACAAGGGGACAAUCCCAAUGUUAGUCAUUUUGAACGCUGUAUUUGAUUUUUUCCAAUGGUGAUAUAUUGCCAAUUCAGACAGAAUCUCUUUUUGUA